AUGGCCGAGACCGUGGCGGAUCCGGCUCCAUACAUCUUCCAUCGCGACCGCAAGUCAAGUAUACGCCUAAAUUACCAGCACAUGCUUGUCAAGAAGCUUUUCAGCGACCAACUGCUUCACCGGGCCGUGCAGCAGAGCGUAGCCUCGCGCUCAUUUAUCAGGGUGGCUGACGUUGCUACCGGCACAGCACUCUGGCUGACGGAGCUGUCUGAUGCGUUGCCUGCCGACUCCCAGCUGCUCGGCUUUGACAUAUCCGCCGACCAGUAUCCGCCUGAGGAGUGGCUGCCCGAAAAUGUAUCUCUGCAUGAACAAGAUGCGUUCAAGCCGUUUGCACCGGAGCUUGUUGGGUCGUUUGACGUGGUGCACUUGCGCUUCGUUAUCACGCUGCUCAAUGCAGAGAAUAUCAGGCCGCUGCUUGACAAUUUGAAGACUCUUCUGAAACCGGGUGGUUUUCUUCAAUGGCUUGACUUUGACCCUCGCUCGGCCAAGGCCAUUGCCACACGCCCAGACAUGCACAUGCCGCGCACUGAAAGUGUCGUGUCAAUCAUGCGCAAGGCACAACCUGACGUUGACUCAUGGAUUUUACAAAACUCGGACUUGCUCGAGACUGCCGGCCUCCAUGCCAUCGCAUAUGAGCGCCUCCAGCUUCGCAACUAUCUGCGGCCAAUUUGGAACCACUGCCACAUCAUGGGCAUGGAGGAACUAUCUCGCCGGAUGAGUCGCGGGGAGGACAAGCCGCCGCCACUGCAGCAGCAGAUCAAGGACCUGGAGGCGGAGUUUGCGCAGGGUGCAAGUGUGGAUGCGGAGUGGUUCAUCAUGGUAGGGCAGAUGCCAGACAAGCAAGAAUAG